UAGCACACCGCCUUUGCACGCGUCGCAACACGAGUAGAUGUGGACUUGAUGGGUUCAUCAACGUUGUUCUUAGCACUCAUGUCAGCUAUCAUAUCGUUCCCCAGCUCUCAUGAACGAAAAUCCUAAAAAUUCAACGCUACAUGUCGUGCCCGUGCGCACGGAAACAGCUGGCGCCCACCGUGGCAGAAUUAGAGCUUCUCUCGCCACACGCUCUUCAGACUCUGCACACACCGAUAAGUACAGCGCACCAAACUAAACACGCUGUAGAACCGUCCCAAUCAUGAACUAUUCUCUUCUUACGGACAGUCCGUUUAACACUGCUUUAUUAUCCCCAGAGGGUCGCGCCGUGUAUCGCAUCGACACAUAUCUUAGCUCAUUUACGACUACCGUCAAGAAGGUCGGCGGUGGGCAGAGUGAAGUGGAGAUUGGAAGAGUAGUGUGGCACUCUGGUAGACCUGGGACAGCUGUCGUACACGGACACGAGAUAUAUGUCAACAAAAGCAGUUUUUUCAGCUCGUCAAGAACAUUCACAGCACUAAAUGGGCAAUCGUAUAAAUGGACGUUCCAUGAAGGAUCAGCAUUGAUGGCGAGCAACGAUAGCAGGCAAGCCCCAGUUGCCACAUACACACCAGCAACGAGAACAAAUCCCGGGCUACUGCAUAUAACCCCGCAUGGUCUGACCAUCACCGGAGAUGUCAUUUUGAGCUUCGUCUGCGUCGAAGGCGAGCGCCGACAUACAAUGAGGAAGAGUCUAAGAUGAUGUCAUGCGGAGGAAUUUCAAACCUUCAAACCUACUUCCGAUCGCUUCAUUUGGUGUUCAUUUUCAGGUGCUGCGUCUGUUUCAUAUGCAUAUAUGUGUGCAAGUGCUUUCUCUUUCUUUUUUACUUGUGUUUCUUUCUUCUUCACUGAGUCAUAUCUUUGCUCUAGAUACUGUUAUAGAUCUAGAGUUACCACAUGUUUCAUUUUGUAUGGACUCACAUACCUACGGGUUUUGUAUAUCUGUUGACGUUUGUCACGUCAGAUUUGUGAUAGGCCGCUCUUGCAGAGACUACUAUCAUAUGCAUAAACUUAAACUUGAAGCACGCGAUCCCAUCAUGCUGCGUACUUGUUCGCUGAGAUGGCAUAC